AUGAAUUCACCGCAGCCUGUUUCUUUCAUGCCAACAUCUUAUACUGGAUAUAUUGAAGAUCCUUCUAUACUUCAUAGUUUGCUUCGCACUGAUCUAUCAAACCAACAGAUACCAGCAACGCACCUCUUUCUUUCUCAUUAUCAUGCCUAUCCGUGUACAGUUGUAAUCCAACCUUCGAUUAGUUCCGGUAGACUUCAUGUACCUAGUAUACGACGUUAUCUUGAAAUGGAUCAUAAGCAUAAUUCAUCUCAAGAUAUUGUCAAACGUGAAUAUCGUCAUAUAACUGAUUUCCUGGCGAAUCUCGGGAAUGGUAUUAUGCUCGAUUGUCAAAAUUGUCGAUUAAUUAAUGCUGUUGAUAAUCCAAAUAAAUAUAAGCCCGAUGGAGAUCAUAAUCAUUUUUUAACAGUUGACAAAGUACGAAUACAUUAUUUACCUCAACAUGAUAAUUAUGUCAAUGAAGAACUUGCUAGUAAAUUAUCAUCGUUCUAUGUUCUUCAAUCAACAUCGACCGCUAUUCAAGUGGUUUGUAAGUAUCCAACGCAAGGCUAUUACCUACGUGGAAUUAGUGUUAAAAAGCCGUUUAUUUGUGAUAUUUCAUUAAAUUAUGGCAAAGAUUUUACAGUCAUUCAUCAUCACAUUAUAAAACAAUUGGCUAAACCUGAUUGGAAAGGUAUCGUUCUUCUUUAUGGCAUUCCAGGAACAGGCAAAACAUAUUAUAUUCGUUAUUUAAUCAAUGAACUUCAAGAAAAAAAUUUAAUCUAUUUUCCAUCAGAUAUAAUUCGUGCUUUAUCAUCAUCGGAAUUCCUUCAGAUUAUUAAGCCAUAUUCUCGCUCGAUUAUUAUUAUGGAUGAUGCAGAAAACCUUAGCGGUGAUCAUCCAGAUCAAGCAUUAACUAAUCUAUUGAAUUUGUAUAGCUCCACUUACUUUGUCUAUUCGAUACUAAGCUUUAGAUCUUCUAGAAAUCAUCUUUCACAUCAACCAAUCAUUGCUGCAUUUAAUACUUACCUACCACAAGCACUGUUACAUCUUCGAACUUCAUCCAUUAUUCAAUAUUGUUUUGAUAGACUCGAUAUUAAUCAUAGUCAAAUUCUUCUGAAAAAAUUAGGUUCACAGCGCGAAACUGAAACUAUUAAACACCCCAUGACACUAGACGAGAUCUAUGCACAAAUAACACGUGAAACAAAAUUUGAAUAUACAAGAGAUUCAAAAAAACAAUUAAAUACACCUGAUGAAAUGAUACAACUGUUAGCUGAACAGGAAUUAUCUCUAUCGGAUAAAGAUAAUUGUACACUUUCAUAA